UUCUCUGCAUUUAUAUUCCUUCUUAGCUCGGAGAGAAAACCCCCACUGCCCCCCUGACAUUCGCUCCUCUCAAUUGACUUCCCUCUCUUUCCACUCUCUCGCAGACUCUCUCUCUCUCAUCUCCUCUUUAAAUACCCACUUCAUCCCACUUCAGGAAUUCCUCUCAAAGAAAACAGAGCAUUACAGAACCAAGAAACAGGGGAAGCAUCGAAGAGAGCCACUGAACAGAGUCUCCUCUCUCUCUCUCUCUCUCUCUCUCUCGCUCGCUCGCUCGCUCGCUUCACCUUCCCCAUCCAUUUCUUGGUUUUCUUGUAAAAAGAAACAAACAUGGGUUCGGUUUCUUGCGGAGACCAAGAACUGGAAGACAACCAAAGAACGGACCAGCCUCUGUUCGUGGAAGUGGAAGGGCCCAUCAUCGUCGGCGCAGGGCCCUCCGGCCUUGCCGUCUCGGCCUGCCUCUCCGAGCACGGAGUCCCUUCCCUCAUCCUGGAGAAAAGCGACUGCAUCGCCUCCCUCUGGCAAAAAUGGACCUACGAUCGCCUCAAGCUCCACCUGCCCAAGCGGUUCUGCGAGCUCCCUCUCCUCCGCUUCCCUAAAAACUUUCCAAAGUACCCGACGAAGCAGCAGUUCGUCUCCUACCUGGAGUCCUACGCUUCGCACUUCAAGAUCGAGCCCAUCUUCAAUCAGACGGUCCAGAGCGCCGAGUUCGACGAGUCUUGCGGGCUGUGGAGGGUCCGUACCCGGGAGGGGCUCGAGCGCAGGUCGAGGUGGCUCGUGGUGGCCACGGGGGAGAAUGCCGAGCCGGCGACGCCGGACGUGGACGGGCUCGAGAGGUUCCAGGGGCGGGUCGUCCACACGAGCCGGUACAAGUCGGGGUUGGAGUUCGAGGGCGAGCGGGUGUUGGUGGUAGGCUGCGGCAAUUCCGGUAUGGAGGUCAGCUUGGACCUGUGCAGGAGCAAUGCCAUUCCUCACAUGGUGGUUCGCAGCACUGUACAUGUCCUGCCCAGAGAAAUGCUUGGGCUCUCAACGUUUGGAGUGGCCAUGGCGCUGCUCAAAUGGCUCCCUCUAAGAUUAGUGGACAAGAUCCUCCUCCUGAUUGCCAACAUCACCUUGGGCAACACCGACCGGUUGGGCCUCCGGCGGCCCAAGACCGGGCCGCUCGAGCUCAAGAACGUCACCGGAAAGACCCCCGUCCUCGACGUCGGCGCCCUGGCGCAGAUAAAGUCCGGCAAAAUCAAGGUGGUGAAAGAAGUGAAGAAGAUAACUAAGAAUGGGGCCAAGUUCCUGGAUGGGCAGGAGGAGAAGUUUGAUUCUAUAAUCUUGGCAACUGGGUACAAGAGCAAUGUCUCUAGUUGGCUCAAGGGGGGUGAUUUCUUUACCAAGGAAGGUAUGCCCAAGACACCAUUUCCGAAUGGUUGGAAAGGGGAUGACGGGCUGUACACCGUCGGAUUCACGAGGAGAGGCAUCCUCGGGACGGGCUGUGAUGCGAUCAAGAUUGCCGGAGACAUCGCCGAUCAGUGGAGAUCAAGCGUCAAGGAAAGCAACCAAGAUCUGCAUAAUUCCCACAUUAUCCACCUCCAAAAAUCAUGAUCGACCGACCCCAAAAAUUUAACAAGAAGAAAAAAAAGACAAAAACAGAAGAAAAUUACUUGAACUUCCUGAAAAAGGCCAAAGAAAAAAGAAAGAAAGAAGAAACCAUGCCAUAUGGAGCAACGCCGGAGUCAAGCUAGGGUUUGGCGAGUUUGUAUUUAUUCUUCCCUUAGGCUUGAGCUUUCCCCUUUUUUUUUGGCCCUUUUUUCGUCGUCUCUUAUCUUGCUACAUUCGGUUCUUGCUGUAAAUACUCCAAUUUUGCUAGCUCUGUCUGUAUUUUUGUCCACCUUAUGUGAUCCGAAAAAAGAGAAGUGUUUGAGCGAUUUCUGCAGCCUGUGCACCAUGGAAUGGGGUUUGGUCCAGAUUAAAGAGAGGAGCAUGCAAGGCUUCCAUCACCAUGAAAGCGCUCGUUCGCAAAGUAGUACUGUUGCUGCACGUGCCUUCGCUGACAGAGAAAGCCUUUUAUACGCUACGACGACCGAAAGGGAGACGAAGGCCAAAUGCUUCUGCAUCCAAAAUCCGAUAUCUCCUUGCUAGCUGGGCCGAUCAGGUCUCCCGCUAAAGGAAGCUCCGGAUCAGG